GUGCCUGUGCAAUGUAUAGAAUUGCCAACUAAAGUAUAUUAUAGAAUUGAAAUAUCGAUACUUAAAACGACUUUGUGCUGGUAACAGAAAGUUGCAUUAAGCAUAUUUGGGCUACUUGCGCUGGUUUUCUACUUUCAGAUUGGAUGAAGCACAUGCUUAGAGUAUCAAGCUUUUUUGAGAUCACUGUAAACCAUGCAGUUUCUGUGAGAGAUAUUACGUUGGGAGUUGGCUCGGUAUCAGGCUGAAUUUCACCUUGGACUGGAAGGUUUUACUCUUUGUUUGGAUCCAAUCUAUGUCGAGGAUCACAUCCCUAUUAUUGCAUCUGUCUCUGAGCAUCAGCCAAGAGCCUGAUCAUCUUUCAUGUUUGAUUUCCACAUCCCACUUUCGCUUUUCCCAGCUGGUCUUUUUUUCUGCUUCAAGAAGUUAUCAGAUGCCACUAUAUUUAUCGUGAUAUAUGGUCUCGAAAGCACGUAUUUAACUGGUGUCAUGGGUCAAUUGAUUCUUAUUGCUAGACCAGCAGUUUGCCUUACCAGUGCUGUUGCUGUUUCUGCCACUGUGAAGAAUUUGACUGUGCUGUUGAGGUUAAAGAACAAAGAAGUCCAGACUGGAUCCACUAAAGGAACUAGCAGUGCAAAGGCCUCUGCCUCUUCUAAGGUUUUCGUGGAUCGAAACCCUCAUCUGCUGCUUUCCAUCUUGCUCUUUUAUUGUCAUCCAGCUAUUUGGCAAUAAAAGGCAGCUGUUUCCUCUGCUUUCCGGCUCACAUUGUUCUUAAACUGUAAAUUACAAAUGUCACAUUUUUAAUUUUCAAAUCUAAACAUUUGAUUUUUUUUAUUUAAAUUUAAAAUA